UUCAGACACAGGCUUCAGACACAAUAUUGUAUAUCUCAGAAGAUAGCACUAUGGCAACGGCCCAUGCCGAAUACUAGCUGGGACGGUACAACAAAGUAUACGGCUGUAGCUGUUGGGCCGGCAAUAAUUACUCUCCUCAGCAGCUUCAAGGCUUCAGGUGGCGGCUGCUGAGGACAUGGCUUCGAGACCGGGUGAAGCUGGCCGCAUGAGAACUCCUCGGCUGGAAUCCUUCGCGCCUCGCAAUUCCCACGACUCUGGCGCAGCCAAUCUUGACCCCCAUCCGUGUCUCACUCCUCUAUACGAAAGUACGGCGUCCGACGCUGUCCAUGAACUUCAACACCGGCGUAUCCGAACUCAGUUCUCACUACAAGAAACUGCUAAUGCACAUGCACGACGCCCCGCAUAUCAACUUGAGUCACGUGCUCACACUUAUUGAACGCCAUACCUGAUUUGUAAGCACAAUAACACCCAGCAGGCUGCAGCCUCGUGAGCUCCAACCAACGAUCGAUUGAAAAAGCAGAUAUCAUCUCACCCUCCACGCAGCUUCCCCGAUACACAAGAUUUACACCGCCUGCGUACCCCGCACUCUCACGGACGCCACAAGUCCCCAGAACGCUGAUUCGCCUCGAUUGCACCUAUCAAGCUAUUAGUCACACACACCUUCAUACCCUGAGCUUUGCGCCACGCCAUCACAUCCUCGACCGCGCCAGGCCUAAGAGAGCGCAAUAAGACGACGCGUUUUCUCUCCAACACAAUCCAUACCGAUCACCUCUCCAGCUCUCAUCCACAUCCACAAUGGCCGCAGCAGCGCCCUCCCCCGACCUCGCCACCCCGCCCACCGCGCCCUACACAUUCGCCUUCUCCCCCUUCCUCCUCCGCACCUACCGCUUCGGAGUCGACCUCUCGCGCCCCCCCUGCAAAGCCUACGUCGCCGGCCACUGCCCGCUAGGCGCGUCCUGUCCCGACCGCCACAUCGCCGCGCCGACGGGCUCGAACUACAAUAACCUGGUGUGCAAGCAUUGGCUGCGCGGGCUGUGCAAGAAGGGAGAGCACUGCGAGUUUCUGCACGAGUACAACCUGCGGCGCAUGCCGGAGUGCAGUUUCUUCGCCAGGAACGGGUAUUGUAGUAAUGGCGAGGAGUGCCUGUAUCUCCAUGUUGAUCCGGAGAGCAGGUUGCCGGCGUGUGGGUGGUAUGAGAGGGGGUUUUGUCCGCUGGGGCCGAGGUGUGCGAGGAGGCAUAUGAGGAGGGAGUUGUGUCGGUUUUAUUUGGCGGGGUUUUGUCCGGAGGGGAAGAAGUGUACGGAGGGGGCGCAUGCGAGGUGGAAGGCGGAUGGAGACUUGGAGGAGUUGAAGGUGAGGGUUGUGAGGGAUCCGGCGGAGGUGGAGGAGGAGAUAAGGAUAAAGAGGGAGGAAGCGGAGAGGGAGGAGGAGAGGGAUAGGGAGAGGUUUGGUGGGGGGAGGGGAGGAAGAGGUGGGCGAUGGAUGGGAAGGGGUGGUGGUGGGUUUGGGGGGGAUGCGAGGAGGCAGAGGGGGAGGGGGCAUAUGCAUUGA